AUGGGAUCCAUUGAGCAAUCCACUCUGCCCUCGGAUUUUGUCUGGGGCUUCGCAACAGCCGCCUACCAAAUUGAAGGAGCUGUGCAUGAAGAUGGUCGUGCCCCUUCGAUUUGGGAUACUUUCUGCAAGAUCCCCGGUAAGAUUGCUGGCGGUGGAUCUGGGGAGGUAGCGUGUGACUCGUACCACCGAACGCACGAGGACAUCGCCUUGCUGAAAGAAUGUGGUGCUUCGGCAUACCGAUUCUCGCUAUCAUGGUCCCGCAUCAUACCCCUCGGCGGUCGCACUGAUCCCAUCAACCAGAAAGGCUUGGAUUUCUACGUCAAGUUCGUCGAUGACCUCCAUGCUGCAGGAAUCACCCCCAUGAUAACUCUGUUUCACUGGGACCUUCCGGAUGCGUUGGAUAAGCGCUACGGUGGACUUUUGAACAAGGAAGAAUUCGUUGCCGACUUCGCAAACUAUGCUCGCGUGGUGUUCGAGGCAUUCGGAUCCAAGGUGAAAUACUGGAUUACCUUCAACGAGCCUUGGUGCAGCAGUGUCCUUGGGUACAACAAUGGUUCCUUCGCCCCUGGCCACACAAGUGAUCGCACCAAGAGCCCGGUCGGAGAUAGCUCAACAGAGCAGUGGAUUGUCGGUCAUAGCUUGUUGGUCGCCCAUGGUGCCGCGGUGAAGAUCUACCGGGAUGAGUUCAAGGAGCGAGAUGGCGGCGAGAUUGGUAUUACACUCAAUGGCGACUGGGCUGAACCCUGGGACCCCGAGAACCCUGCCGACGUCGAAGCCUGUGAUCGCAAGAUCGAAUUUGCCAUCUCCUGGUUUGCUGACCCAAUCUACCAUGGCAAGUAUCCAGACAGCAUGAUCCAGCAGCUCGGCGACCGUCUGCCAACCUGGACGCCCGAUGAUAUCGCCCUUGUACACGGCAGCAAUGACUUUUACGGUAUGAACCACUACUGUGCAAACUACAUUCGCGCCAAGACAGACGAGCCAGAGCUGGACGACGUCGCCGGUAACCUAGAGUUGCUCCUCGAAGACAAGAAUGGAAAAAGCAUCGGACCCAUCACACAGUCUCCUUGGCUGCGACCGUGUGCAUUGGGUUUCCGCAAGCUCCUCAAAUGGCUCAGUGAGCGGUAUGGAUAUCCCAAGAUCUACGUUACCGAGAACGGGACCAGCGUUCUUGGAGAGAAUGACAUGACGCUUGACGAGCUGCUCAAUGAUGAGUUCCGCGUGCAAUACUUCAAGGAUUACAUCGGUGCCAUGGCGGAUGCUUAUACCCACGACGGUGUCAACGUGCGAGCCUACAUGGCUUGGAGUCUAAUGGACAACUUUGAAUGGGCUGAAGGCUACGAAACCCGCUUUGGUGUGACUUUCGUCGACUACGAGAAUGAUCAGAAGAGAAUGCCGAAGAAGAGUGCCAAGGCUAUUAGCCAGAUCUUUGAGCGACUGAUUGAGAAAGCUUGA